AGUGCGGCGGAUCCUGCCCGGCCGGUCUCUCCGCGUUCCUGCACAGCCGCCACCCGAAUAUUUCUGCAUGCCCAGGAAACAUGGCUGUGGUUCAGGCCGGCUCCGGGAAGGUGACCCUUUUCAGCCAGAAAAAGCGAGGGGGCCUCACCUACCGCAUCCCAGCACUGCUGUACCUGCCCCCCGAGUCUGCUUUCCUGGCAUUCGCAGAGGAGCGCUCAACGCCCAGAGAUCAAGACGCCACGUUCCUGGUGAUGAGACGAGGACGGAAGGAAGGAGCAUCCGUCCAGUGGGGUCCUCAGGAGGCCCUAACAAAAGCUGUCCUUCCCAAAUACCGCACCAUGAACCCUUGCCCGGUGUACGAGAAGAAGAGCGCCACGGUUUUCCUGUUCUUCAUUUGUGUGCUGGACCACGUCACGACACAUUACCAGAUCCUGAUGGGGAAGAACGCCGUCAGGCUGUGCUACGUCUUUAGCAAAGAUGGUGGCCGCUCAUGGAGCCAGACGAUAGACCUGACCGAGCAGAUGAUUGGAGGCAACUUGAAAAACUGGGCCACCUUUGGGGUUGGGCCAGGCCACGGGGUGCAGUUGAGCUCCGGGCGCCUGGUGAUCCCGGCGUACACCUACUACAUCCACAAGCGUUGCUUCUGUUGCUUUUCGUUCUGCUGCACGAAGCCGCAUUCCUUCACUUUGUACAGCGACGAUGGUGGACAGAACUGGGCCCGGGGUCAGCUCCUGCAGAGUCUGCGGACCACGGAGUGCCAAGUGGCUGAGGUGACCCACCGGGACAACAGGCAAGUGUUGUACAUCAACGCCCGAAAUUCAAGUCGGGACCACUGCCGGGCCGAGGCCUUCAGCUUGGACGACGGCUUCCUAUUUGAGGGAUCCUUCCUAUGCAGGGAGUUGUGUGAGCCACCCCACGGGUGCCAGGGCAGCGUGGUGAGCUUUACCCCGCAGCCAGAAUCCUCGGAUCUGGGCCGGAAGGAAGAGGGAGCCAAAUCAACUCACCUGUUGGGCGUCUGUCCUUCCUCUGCCUCCCUCAAGAGCAACAUGUCAUGGCUAAUUUUCUCCCAUCCCACGAGUAGACGCAAGCGCGUGGAUCUGGGCAUCUACCUGAAUACCUCCCCACUGGAAAGGGGAUGCUGGAAGCCCCCAUGGGUGCUGAAUAAGGGACCCAGUGGUUACUCGGACCUGGCCGUGUGCGAGGAGGGGAAAUCCCUGAUGUUCGCCUGCUUGUUUGAGUGCGGGGUGUGCUCGCCCUACGAAGAGAUCGCCUUCCAACUUUUCAGCGAUGUCGAGCUCCUGAAGACUGUGAGGGAAACUGAGACUUGCAUGGAUUCACCUCUGAAGGCGCGUCGAACUUAAUCUCUUCGUGGAUAUUUACCAGCCAAGGA